AUGUCUUCGAAGCAUCAUCACAGAGGAUUGGAGCUGUCGGCUUCCAAGAGUUUUGUCUCAAAGAAAUGGACUUUCUUUCUCUGUAUCGGAUUCUUCUGCGCGGGAAUUCUCUUCUCCGACAGAAUGUGGCCAGAGCCUGAAGGCAAUGUUUUAUCAAGGGAAGCUUCGGAUGAUCGGCUGCGAUUAGAGUCAGAGGACUGUGAUUCAUCAAAAAAGGGUUUGAAGCGUGAAUCAAAAGACAUACUUGGAGAUGUUUACAAGAGUCCAGAUGCAAUCCAAACGCUAGACAAAACGAUAUCGACUCUGGAAAUGGAAUUAGUGGCUGCAAGAGCCGCGCAAGAAUCCAUCAUGAAUGGUUCACCUGUUUCUGAUGAUUUCAAGAUCCCUGAAACUGUCACCAGAAGGAAGUAUCUGAUGGUUGUUGGGAUAAACACUGCGUUUAGCAGCAGAAAGCGCAGGGACUCAGUCCGUGCUACUUGGAUGCCUCCCGGUGAGGAUAGAAAGAAGCUCGAGGAAGAGAAAGGGAUUGUCAUGCGGUUUGUAAUAGGCCAUAGUGCCACUCCUGGUGGAAUUCUUGAUAGAGCGAUUCAGGCAGAAGAAAGCAAACAUGGAGACUUCUUGAGACUGGAACACGUUGAAGGUUAUCUCGAGCUGUCUGCAAAGACUAAAGCUUACUUUACAACGGCUUUUGCAAUGUGGGAUGCAGACUUCUACGUGAAAGUCGAUGAUGAUGUGCAUGUAAAUAUAGCCACGCUUGGAGCGGAAUUAGCAAGAUACCGGAUGAAGCCCCGAGUCUACAUUGGUUGCAUGAAAUCUGGACCCGUUCUUGCUCAGAAAGGAGUGAGAUACCAUGAACCAGAGUACUGGAAAUUUGGAGAAGAAGGUAACAAGUACUUCCGCCAUGCCACGGGUCAGCUCUACGCCAUUUCCAGGGAACUGGCGUCUUACAUAUCGAUAAACCAAAAUGUACUUCACAAGUACGUGAAUGAGGAUGUCUCUUUAGGAUCAUGGUUUCUUGGACUAGAUGUGGAGCACGUAGAUGACCGUAGGCUUUGUUGUGGUACAACAGAUUGUGAGUGGAAGGCGCAGGCAGGCAACAUGUGUGUUGCCUCGUUUGAUUGGAGCUGCAGUGGGAUUUGUAGAUCAGCGGAUCGGAUGAAAGAUGUUCAUCGGAGGUGUGGAGAAGGCCCAAAUGCUCUCUUGGCUGCAUCUUUCUGA